GCCUCCCACUUGGUGAUUUCCUUCGUUGCCCCCCGCCCUGUCUCUCCCUCCCUCCGCCCGCCCUUGCCUGGCCUGGCCUUGCGUUGUCCCGCACAUCCUUCGUCUUGCCUUCUAUUGCAGCGUUGCUUCCCUGUUCCGCCAACUAGUCACUCAUUCGGAUCUGAUCACGCUUCGCAUCCUCUUACUUUGCCUAUUACCGGCUCUUAGUUGAGUGCUGGGAGACUACAUUUGUUAGGAUUGUUACUUACCUCGGAAGUAUAUGGUGGCUUGGCCUACUUGGCUGGCUCAUUUGUUGACUCACUUGUUGGCGUCGUGAGCAACGGUGUGAUAGAGAGGCGGUGUAAGGAGGGGGUGGAAGAAGAAGAGGACGUUAGUCGGCGGUUGAAAGCGCUUGCCUUGGCGGUUUUAGUGAGACGAGUUAGGCUUGUGGCGGUGUUGAUUGAUUCAAUGUUUAUUCGACUAGAGGAGCAUUGUUGGAUGAGUUUUGUGCCGGGAGGCGGUGGUUUGUUGUAGUUUUGAUUGUUGGCGGGUGGAAAGCGUGCCCAGAGCGGCGGAGUUUCUGAGCGCGGACGCGAGGAUUGGAGAGAGGCAUUUGGUGGAGAAAGAGGAGCAUUAUCCGCCGGUGAACUAGGCCGCGCGGUGUUUAUAUAUAUUUUUUACUUAGUUUCUCAUACACAAUCUGCAUUUUCCUCUGUUGGCGGUGGAGUUGGUCGAGGAGAGGAUUCGGUUUGGUGUUCAGUACUGCUUAGAUCGAACGAAAGUCGCUUCUUGUUAGAUGCGUUGCAGCGGUUGCUUUUGAGACUUUUUCGAGCGGUGAAUCUUCCGUUGUGCAUAGUGCGCCGCCUUUGACCUUUGUCGUCACAGUUCCGGAGUACUGCGUGUAAUUGCUUCCACUUGCCUCUGUAAUGCAUAUAUCUGAAACGAAGGCUUCGACGGUAUCUUCUAGUAGAUGACUCAUGCGCUGAGAUAUUGCAGUGAUUCAAGGCGUCCACUGUACUACGACUUAUCGUUUUAAUCGUUAUCGUAUUCCGUCACUCUUCCUCUACGACUUAUCACACUUUCGAGGAUCAUGGAGUCUUCGGGAGAGGUGAUUAAAGAGCCUAUACCUUCGCGGCUGGCUUCCGGCAAGGAACCCGGGCGUUCGGUCAAGAGGAAGAGGGCAGUCUCUGAAUCUGAACAGGGCCACAAGCGCUCUCAUGGUGCGAGCGGGGUGAAUUCUAGCUCUCGAACGCCAUCCAAAUCCAAGUGCAUCAAAGAUGCUGGUGCUGUCAACAGUAUCGCUGGGAAACGAAAGAGGUCGACCACGGUUGAGGAAGACCCAGAAAUGGACUCCGAGCAUGUUAUGAAUGCAGCCCAAGCGCUCUUCGACCUUUUUGCCGGUGCCGGAACUUUUAAAAAUGAUGCUACCGACAGCAAAUCUGGUGAAGGUAAGGCCGAUGGUGUGAAAUGGGCAGGGAAGAAGAAUAGAUCUAGCAGAAGCAGCAAAAGACCAGACGACUCCUUCAAGUUGAGUUCGAGUUCCACCACAAGUGCUACCGUGACCGACAUCCCCGAAGUGUUGGACUCCUCUGCUUCACAUAAUCACCAUGUAGUUGCAUCCCAUCCCCAUGCCUCCCAGACUGGUGCCCAAACUGUGAACCAUGAAGAAGACUCUGAGGCUGACGCAGAUGCCAAAAGCACGGACAUGAGCCCAUGCGGUCUUGGUUUUGACAGAGGCCAUCGCUUGCUAUCGCAGUCGAGUGUAGAGUCUACUCUUCUCGACUCACGAGCCGAGAGUCCUAGCUCCCCUCUCCGCGUGCUAAGGCCAGAAGCUGAUCUUAUUCCGAAGGUGGAAGAGGAGCUCAUGUUGCAGUUCGGGUUCCAGAGAAACCCCCCACUGCGGCCUGUGACCAAGCCAUCAAUAUUUUGGAAGCUCAAGGGUGAGGAGAAUUGCAUCGUUGAGGUGGAUGAGUCGAAGGAUGUGAAGCUUGCACUAAAGCAAGCGCAGCGUCGGAAGCCACGAGCUCCGAACGUUAAAGGGCAGUCACCGAUGUUACAAGGAGAUGUCUUGGAUGUGCCCCUAGCUUCUUCCGGAAUUGUUCUGAAAGAAUUUAUUGAAGAAAACAAGUUCCAAGUUCCUGUUACCUUGAAUCUGUUUGAAUCAGUCAAGGAAGAAAUCGGAAGAGCGAAAUUGGGGGGCAGAGAGCUUUAUCAGACGGGCUCGUCCACGCAAGGCAGACUUAGGAGUGCUCUGAGUGAGGCUGAGAAGGAGGCUCGUAGACUUCGUCGUGUUCAAGCCAAUCGUGAGUCUGCUCGUCAAACCAUCCGGAGAAAGCAGGUUCUGUGCGAGGAUUUAGCUCGCAAGGCUAGGGAGCUCCAGGCCGAAAAGGAUAAUUUAAAGCUGACCCUGGAGCAAAAAGUCAAAGAAUUAAAAAGACAUCAAGAAAUCAAUAGGCAUUUGAAAGAACAGAUUCCCUUACAGGCAGAAAGUUUAGAUGCACCAGUUUCGUCUUCCAAAGGGAGUGCGACGGCAUCACCAGCCCCUGCAACUGGUCCAGUGGGAGGAAUACCUAUGCUACCUUACUGGUGGGCAUUUGCAUUAGCCCAAUCUGUCGGAGCCACUCAGUCCUCUGGAACGCCUCAGAUGCCCGGGGGUGCAGUGAUGCCACCUGAUUUCAACGCAGUUUUUGCUGCCACUGUAGCAGCGUUCAACAAUGGAGCUGCAAUGAACCCGAACAUGUGGAUGAACCUGGUGGCGAAUAUGUCCAAGGGACAAGCCCCAGGAAUUGUCGCAGCACCUGAUCAGCAACCAUCCUUGGCUCAUUCUGCAGCCAGGCCCGCAGGUACUCCGGAAUUACCACAGAAGCCUUCUGCUUCAAUGUCUGGUGGCACUGACAGAUCCCAAGGUUUGGGAAUGUCACCUAUGACCAAGAAUUACGUCUCUGCUUCACCUAUGAAGGGUGUUGCAAACGCGGAUCCAGUCGUCGCGUUGUCUGGAUCUUCGCCCCAAACGAGUAGGAAAAUAUCAGUAGGAUUGCCGAGCAUGCCCAGCUCUCACCAAUCUAGAGGGAAGUAUCAGGUGGCAAGGUUGCGAACUCCUGCAUCGCAUUCAUUGCAAAGAACAGGCUCGGGCAUGACACAGUAUCAUGUUGCUGGAGACGGCACGGUUAGUACAUCAAUAACAUUGUCUUUGGGUCUGGGUUCUCAUCAAUUACAUCAUCCGGGGCGAACGGAACAGAUGAGGAAGCCAGGUAAUUUGAAAUUUUUCCCCACUAUUGGAAAUGGUGUUAAAGGCUUCCUUGGCCCUCGUGUGGGAGCCUUCCAGUCGGAAGCAGCGGCCAAGGCCACAGAAGCUCGCAGGCGUCGCCGAGAGCUCAAACGGACUAAGAGCCUGCAAAGUCAGCUUCAGCACGAUAAGAAGCUUGUCUCGGCUAUAUCCUUGUAACCUAAGAACCCUUUUUUUCCCUUUUUUUUCCUUCAUUCCAUCCCCUUUUUUAGUAGAUUUUUUUUCUAGGGCUUUACAAAAGGUUUUUUUUCGUCCUGAUCCUGUAUUCUACUGAUUCAUGUGGGGACUUCAUUUAGAUUCAGAAAGCAUUCUUUUGACGGUACAUGAACCAGUUCUUAAUCAAACACCUUGAUAUACAUGAGCAUCAUGGCUCAGUUUUAAAGAUUCGGUGCACAUUAUGCACUAGGGGGGUUAUGGUCAGCCAGCUCGGCGACUCUUAUGUGACUACAGAGAGUUGAGUCUCAGACGUCAUUGACAUGGACACAUUACAAUAUUGAUCGUUAUCCCUCACUACAGAAUGAAGGAUAUGUAUACAGUUUUUUCAAAUGUAAUCAGAUGACAUACGGAAUCAUCCGUCUACAGAA